AUGGAGCAGUUUAGACAAAUAGGAGAAGUUCUUGGAAGUCUAAAUGCACUAAUGGUACUACAAGACGAUAUCUUGAUCAACCAAAGACAAUGUUGUUUGCUGUUAGAAAUCUUCAGCUUAGCUUUCACCACCGUCGCAGAAGAGAUCAGACAGAAUCUAAAACUCGAAGAGAAACACACUAAAUGGAAAGCCAUCGAACAGCCCUUAAGAGAGAUUUACAGAGUGUUUAAAGAAGGAGAAUUAUACGUCAAGCAUUGUAUGGACAACAGUGACUGGUGGGGCAAAGUCAUCAACCUUCAUCAGAACAAAGAUUGUGUUGAGUUUCACAUACACAACCUAUUCUGUUAUUUCCCCGCCGUCAUCGAAGCCAUUGAAGCUGCUGGAGAGAUCUCGGGGCUUGACCCUUCCGAGAUGGAUAGAAGGAGAGUUGUGAUCUCAAGAAAGUACGAUAAAGAGUGGAAUGAUCCUAAGCUCUUUCAAUGGAGGUUUGGGAAACAGUAUCUAAUUCCAAAGGAUGUUUGCAGCCGGUUUGAGAAUUCUUGGAGAGAAGACAGGUGGAAGUUAGUGGAGGCAUUACAAGAGAAGAGGAAAUCAGACAUAGGAAAGACAGAGAAGAGCUUAGCUGAUCUGCUUUUGAAAAAGUUAACCGGUUUGGAGCAGUUUAACGGUAAACUGUUUCCGAGUUCGAUACUUCUCGGCUCAAAGGAUUACCAGGUGAAAAAGAGGUUAGGUGUUGAUGGACAGUACAAGGAGAUUCAAUGGUUAGGUGAUAGUUUUGCAUUGAGACACUUCUUCAGCGAUAUUGAGCCGUUGAGUUCUGAGAUUUCAUCUCUUUUAGCUCUUUGUCAUCCGAAUAUACUUCAGUACUUGUGUGGAUUCUAUGAUGAAGAAAGGAAAGAAUGUUUUUUGGUUAUGGAGUUAAUGCACAAAGAUUUGAAGAGCUACAUGAAGGAGAAUUGUGGACCGAGAAGACGAUAUCUCUUUUCUGUUUCCGUUGUGAUUGAUAUAAUGCUGCAGAUUGCGAGAGGAAUGGAGUAUCUCCAUGGGAAUGAUAUCUUCCAUGGAGAUUUAAACCCAAUGAACAUUUUAUUGAAAGAGAGAUGUCACACCGAAGGCUAUUUCCACGUGAAAAUCUCCGGUUUCGGUUUAUCUUCUCUCAAAUCCCAGUCUUCUUCGUCUUCUUCAAGAGCAAGCAGUAAUGAUCCUGUGAUAUGGUAUGCACCUGAAGUUCUAGCAGAGAUGGAAAAAGAUCUUAAAGGCGCGAAAACUUUGAAAUCGAAGCUGACGCAUAAAGCUGAUGUUUAUAGCUUUGCAAUGAUUUGUUUUGAGCUAAUAACAGGUAAAGUGCCAUUUGAAGAUAGUCAUCUUCAAGGUGAGCAAAUGGCAAUCAACAUUAGGAUGGGAGAGAGACCUCUUUUCCCUUUCCCUUCACCCAAAUACCUAGUUAGUCUGAUCAAACGGUGUUGGCACUCAGAACCGAGCCAGCGUCCGAACUUUUCUUCCAUCUGCCGGAUACUACGUUACAUCAAGAAGUUUCUAGUUGUUAAUCCAGACCAUGGUCACCCUCAAAUGCAAACUCCAUUAGUUGAUUGUUGGGAUUUAGAGGCAAGGUACUUGAGAAAGUUUCCAGGUGAGUUAGGGUCUUACAUGGCGUCGGUGACUCAGAUCCCUUUCCAGUUAUACUCAUACCGAGUUUUGGAAAGAGAGAAGAUGAAUCCAAAAAUUAUUAAAGAAAGCAGUAGUUCAGAGGCAAGUGAAUCAGAAAGCGUUUCAGUGGUUGAAGAUCCGCCUAAUGGGGUGAUGGUAAGAGAUACAAAGUCUUUGUGUUUAGAUACAAUAUCUGAAUACUCAGAUACAAGAUCAGUCUACUCAGAAGCUCCCAUCAAGAAGGUCUCAGCUUCAAAGAAGAGUGAAGAAUUGGUAAAGCUAAGAAAAAGUCCAAGCUUAGGGUCGUCAACAAAGUUGAGAUCAACAGGAACUUCGCCGGUAAAAGCAAGAUCAUCGCCAAAAGCAUUACCCUUGAGUUCGUUUGGAAGAAGCAUAAAAGCGAGGAAGGAUAAUCGAUUGCCUUUGAGUCCAAUAAGUCCACUAAGUCCAAGGAGACGUAGACACCAAACUGGUCAUGCUUCUGACUCGGAGCUUACUUAAUUAGCUUUUUCAUCAAAAUCAGAAGCUGGUGAAGUUUAAUGAAAGACUAUUGCUAGUCAGCAUUUCAUAGAUUCAGACUUGAGAAACACACAAAAAGAGCAAAAAACGAGGUCGCCAUCUUUAAAUACCUUUUUUGUCAGUUAAUUUAGAAGUUCUCGUGGGAUUUUGUCUUCAAGAGUAUUGGUUUCUUCA